CUGCUCUCAAAAAAAAAAAAAAAAAAAGAGCCCCCGUCCCAGGCCCGCCGGACCCGCGCUAGCAGCGUGGCAGCAGUGCGGCAGCGGCGGCGGCGGCGGCGGCCGGCGGUCCAGCGGGUGUUUCUCUCGGGUCGCAGGGUCUCCCGGCAGCGUGGUGGACUACCUGAUCAGCGGUGGCACCGGCUACAUGCCCGAGGACGGGCUCAUCGAGCAGCAGCUCUUCGCCAGCGCCUAAGGCCUCACCUAGGACGCCUUCCUGAUUCUCCCAGGACUCAUAGACUUCAUAGCUGAGGUGGACCUUACCUCAGCCCUGACCCGGAAGAUCACGCUGAAGACACCGCUGAUCUCCUCCCCCAUGGACACUGUGACAGAGGCUGACGUGGCCAUCGCGAUGGCUCUGAUGGGAGAUACUGGUUUCAUUCACCACAACUGCACCCCAGAGCUCCAGGCCAAGGAGCUACGGAAGGUCAAGAAGUUUGAACAGGGCUUCAUCACGGACCCCACGGUGCUGAGCCCCUCCCACACUGUAGGUGAUGUGCUGGAGGCCAAGAUGCGGCAUGGCUUCUCUGGCAUCCCCAUCACUGAGACGGGCACCAUGGGCAGCAAGCUGGUGGGCAUCGUCGCCUCCCGAGACAUCAACUUUCUUGCUGAGAAGGACCACACCACCCUCCUCAGUGAGGUGAUGACGCCAAGGCUCGAGCUGGUGGUGGCUCCAGCAUGUGUGACGUUGAAAGAGGCAAAUGAGAUCCUGCAGCGUAGCAAGAAAGGGAAGCUGCCUAUCAUCAAUGAUCGCAAUGAGCUGGUGGCCAUUAUCACCGGCAGCGACCUGAAGAAGAACCAAGACUACCCUCUGGCCUCCAAGGAUUCCCACAAGCAGCUGCUGUGCGGGGCAGCUGUGGGCACCCGUGAGGAUGACAAAUAUCGCCUGGACCUGCUCACCCAGGUGGGCGUCGACGUCAUAGUCUUGGACUCAUCCCAAGGGAACUUGGUGUAUCAGAUCGCCAUGGUGCAUUACAUCAAACAGAAGUACCCCCACCUCCAGGUGAUUGGCAGGAACAUGGUGACAGCAGCCCAGGCCAAGAACCUGAUUGACGCUGGUGUGGACGGGCUGUGUGUGGGCAUGGGCUGCAGCUCCAUCUGCGUCACCUGGGAAUUGAUGGCUUGUGGUCAGCCCCAGGGCACUGCUGUGUACAAGGAGGCCAAGUAUGCCCGGCGCUUUGUGCCCAUCAUAGCCAAUGGCGGCAUCCAGACCAUGGGGCACAUAGUCAAGGCCCUGGCCCUUGGAGUCUCCACAGUGAUGAUGGGCUCCCUGCUGGCCAUCACCACGGAGGCCCCUGGUGAGUACUUCUCAGACGAGGUGCGGCUCAAGAAGUACUGGGGCAUGGGCUCACUGGAUGCCAUGGAGAAGAGCAGCAGCCAGAAACGAUACUUCAGCAAGGGGGAUAAGGUGAAGAUCGUGCAGGGUGUCUUGGGCUCCAUCCAGGACAAAGGGUCCAUUCAGAAGUUCGUGCCCUACCUCAUAGUGGGCAUCCAGCACGGCUGCCAGGGUAUCGGGGCCCACAGCCUGUCUGUCCCUCGGUCCAUGAUGUACUCAGGAGAGCUCAAGUUUGAGAAGCGGAUCAUGUCGGCCCAGAUCGAGGGUGGCGUCCAUGGUCUGCACUUUUAUGAAAAGCGGCUGUACUGAGGACAGCAGUAGAGGCCAAGGUGAUGGAGGGGGCACAGCCUCCCUCCAUAACUGAGUGGUCCACAGAUUUGCAUUACGGGUUCCCCAGCUCCUUUCCAGGGAGAGAGGAGGGGAGGCCCUGAGGGGUCU